AUGAAACACGAUCGUGGAAGAAGAGCAUCUCUAAAAGAUAACACUUUAGGAAUACCAAUUCCUUCUCUAAAUCUACCACAUAGCCAUCACGUCGAGAUGAAACAUUUUGAAUGUGUCUAUAAAACAACCCGUUUUUACCCUGGAACGGCCGAGUCAUCACCUUAUACCGAGGAAAUCCAGUCAGCCUCUCGUCAAACUCUCCCUAUCCCACGCUCUUAUUCUAACAGGGGUCACACCAGCCAUGGGCGGGAGGCAAGGAGAGGCUCUAUUUAUGGGAUCAAGGAAGAGUCAGCACAUCCAAGAUCUUCGUCUCCUAUAUUUGAACGUGAAAGGGCAGCGUCUAUAGCAGCCAGUGCUGGUGGUCAAGAUCCAAAACGACCAAGAUUUACUAUUUGGGCUGAAUGGAAUGAUGCAGAUGUUAACGCAGAGAAAUGGGAAGUAGCACAUAAAGGAAAAGAUGAUAAAAAAGGGAAAUCACCUACAGUGGCUCAGCAUUUUUUCGAUGAUCCAGAAGGAAAGGUGGAAAUGCCAUCAUCAUUAAAAGUUGAUCAUUGGAAACGCCCAUAUGAUUUUAUUGUGGAUAAGGCACCAGUUAUAGUAGCUGAUGAUCAUACAACUUCAUUUGAUCUCAUAUCAUCUAAUGAACAUCUUCAUGAUAGCGAGUUGGUUAGAUUUAUCAUCAGUCAAAUAACAGCUUUAUGGGAGAUGAGUUUAGUGAAAACAGAUCCAGAAAUAAUAGAUCCUUCCCAACCUAUUGAUGAAGUUUUCCAUUCGUGGAAACCAUGGGAACAUAUUUAUUCUUUAUGUAAGGCUGGUAGAGGACCUCAUUUACCACUGUAUAAUUCUCAUGGCAAAUAUAUAGUUCGGCUCUACUGGAUGGGAUGUUGGCGUAAAAUUUAUGUUGAUGAUUUACUUCCCUUUGAUGAAAAUGAUCAACUUCUGCUACCAGCAACUAUGUUACAACAUGAAUUAUGGCCAAUGUUGUUAACUAAAGCUUUAAUCAAGGUGGCCUCACUAGACUAUACUGGUGGUAACAAUUCUAGUGAAUUUGGUGAUUUUAACGUUAUACAAACUUUAACAGGCUGGAUACCAGAGACUAUUCCACUUAAACCCAAUCAUAUAAAAGAAGUGUGGAAUUUAUUACAUGAUAAUUUACCUGAUUGGAAACUGCCUGACUUAACACUUUCUGAUCAACCAGCAGUAGAAACUGAUGAUGCCAGCAAGAAAGAUACACAGAAUCAAUUGGAAACACCAAAAGAUGAGAAAACUGAUAAAGACACAGCAAAAGAUGGUAAAUCAGAAAAAACAGAAAAAGGUGGAAAGGAGAAGGGUAAAGAAGGGAAAGACAAAGAUAAAGGUAAGGAUGGUAAAGAGGAUAAAAAGAAAGAUAAGGGUGAUAAAGGUGAUAAAGAUAAGGAUAAAAAUAGAGAUAAACAUGAUGAAACACCAUUACCAGAGAAACCAGAAAUUGUCUUCUUUGCAUCUUAUACUAGUACACCUAAAUAUCCAGUCAAAGUUUCAGUUCUUGGUGAAAUGGCUGAUGUUAGUGAAAAGUUAAGGCAGACUGGAUUGUCUCAUAUUUAUCCUCAUCCAGUCUGGAUUACCCAGACACGUUCUUGUCCACUAGAACCACCACCUGUACCGGAGGUUAUUCCUGCAUGGAAAUUAAUCCGACCCAGAAAGAAGAAAGAAAUACCUUCUGAUGAGCCAAAAGAAGCACCAGAGCCACCAAAACCUAUCCAAUGUUUAGAACUUACUUCACCAUUUGUAAAUUAUAAAGUUAGUCCUGUACCUAUACCCACAGAAACUCUUCGGCCAAAAUCAUCACUAUCAAGAGGAGCUACCAGAUCACGACCAGAGACAGCUGUGUCUGUCUCAAUAGAAGAAAUUGAUGAAAAUGCCCCUGAUCCUGAAAUACUGGCCAUCGAGAAAAAAGAUGAAGCUCUGUUAUCACCCUGUCCAGUUGAAGAAGAAAAAGAGAUUGAAAUCAAGAUUGAAAAAGCUGGAAGUCCAGUAGCUACAAAAGAAAAGAAAGGCAAAGCAUCAGCUAAAAAAGAAGGAGGAAAAGAGUCUCCUAAACCAGAUCGUAAAACCAGCAGAAGUUCUAUUGGAUCACCAGUGAAGGCUGAAAGAACUAAGAGUGCUGCACCUAGAUCUGACUCCAGACAAUCAAAACGAGAUGUUCCUCUUGAUGAUUCAAAGAGUAAAGAAAGUAAAGAGAAGCUUAAAUCUGAGAAAACAGGGGCAGUAUCUAGUGAAGGUGGUUUAUCUGGUGUCGAAGCUACCAGUAGUUUAACCAAUAUGGAUACAGAAGACGUCACACCUACAGAAGGGGAGACAAACCAAGUAGAAACACAUGAUGAUUCUCGGAAACCAAAGAAAAUCUGGGUUGAUUAUGAACAGUUCUGUAAAUGUUUCAAAACAUUGUAUGUUUACCAUAAAACUAACACUUACCCUAAAAACUACCAAUAUUCUGAUCUGAAGGGAGUGUCAACAGGAAGUUCAUCUGCUAAUAAAUCAGAGAAGAAAUCAACAGCUCCACCGGUCAGUAGUACACCAGGAGGCAAGGACAAAUCUCCUGAUCUUAAAUCUAGUCAAUCCAAUAUUAAAGAUCGCUCUUCAUCUUCUACACAAAGAGAUAAAAUAAAACCAGAUAAACUUCAGACCACACCCCGUGUACCUUCCCCCAUUUCUUCCCAAGUCCCAACUGAAGUUGUAAUAUCAUUCUCUGUAAUACCACGCUGGUUUGACCCCCCUCCUCCACCCCCUGAGGAAAAACGCUCCCAUACCAGUGUUAAGACUGCUAAAGAUAAAGAGUUAGAAAAAGAACCUACAGCAAUGACUAGUAGCAGUGUUUUGGAUGGAGGAUCAGUUUGUCAUGAGAAGUCGGCACCACCAGUUUUAACACCAGGCUCCCUGAUAGCAGAACCUUAUUCCUGGAAGAGUCUAGUUACAGGACAACCUAUCAUGAGAUUAAGAACUACUGCAACAAAAGCGGCUGUUUUAAGUUUACCAGCAGGUCGCCAUGUUUUAAGAUUUAUGAUGACAGCACCAUUAGGAUAUCAUGUACAUCUUUGUUCUUCUGUUAACUUUGUUUUUGGUGAUGAAGAAAAUGUCAUGGCUCAGUUAACUAAUGAAAGUUGUAGAUUUCGAGAUACUGCCUAUCAAGUUAUUAAUAAUUUAGGAAAGUGUGUGCAGUCCUUCAAUGAUCAGUCUAAAUUCAAUGAUUGUUGGGAGAAGUUUGUCCAGAGUCAUUGUCCUUAUCAAAAUGAGAAGAAUAUUUCAAAGCAGCAUCAUUUUGAGGUAUUUAAUGAAGCAUUCUAUGCCAUGUUGAAGAGGAGUUUAAAAGAAAUCGCGACACCAGAAAUGGCUUUUGCUUGGAGAGCGUUUAAUUUUGAUUGUACAACUAACAAUAUACUAGGAUUAUCUGUAGGAAGCAGACCAGCAACAGGAACCUCAACAGGGCAUAGAGGUUCAGCUAAACCGGGCAAAAAACGAGAUUUAGAAAAAUCAGAAAAUAUAUGGACAAAUAGGGAAGCCACAACAGAUGAACAAGUAGCAACAGUCAAGAUGCAGAAGGUUUGGAGAGCUCACUGGGUUAGAAAAUUAGCUGAGGCCAGACGUACAGGUACAGAAGAGAAUGCUAAAGCUUAUGAACAACUUCAGAAAUCAUGGUCUGUUAUUGAACAAAAUAUGGAAGAAAAUGGUCUCUUUUUAUUUAGAGAAUUAUUUAAAAGAGAUAGUGACCUAAUGAAGAAAUAUUCAUUCCAUCAAGAUGAAUGGAAUAAAAUAUCAUAUAGUGACUAUAAAGGUAUAUAUCCUGACCAACCACCAAAUAACUGGUUCCUUGUCUUCAGAGAGAUAUUCUAUGUUAAAGAAGAAAUGUUAGCAGUACCUAAACUCUAUGUACCUAUUAAUACUUGUCUAUUACGUGUUAUAAACAAUGAUACAGGUGAAGAGUUACCAAAAGUCUUCCAGAAGGUGGCACCAUAUGUCUACAAGAAGAAUAAGAAAGGGUAUACUAUGGUAGCUGAAGCUAGGACCACAGACCAGUCUAUUAUGAGUGGUUCCUGGAGAAUGAGAUUAAUAGGAUCAUUAAGUCCUCUACCAGCACCCCGUGGUACCGAUGUUAACUGUAGUUUCAGUGUCAAAGAAAUCAGAGAUUAUUAUAUUCCUAAUUCAAAACACAUCAUUUUGAGAUACACAGUGAAAGUAACAGAGGAACACCUAGCAAGUCUACAAUUAAAUACAUCUAAAACUGAUGUAUAUAUUAAAUUGAUGGUAUUAGAUCACGAGGAAGAAGUGGCCAGUAUGACAGGAAAGGGCCAUGUUGUUAUACCAGCGUUUAUCUUCCAAAAGGACCAUUCCAGUGGACAAUCAGCAGCAUCUAGUGCUCCACCACCUCUAGCUGAUGAAGAUACCAAGAGAGCUGGAUCUAGAGCUUCUAAUAAAGGAAUGAAAGGUAGUAGUCAACAGUUGAAUAAAUCCAAGAGAAGUUCAUCAGCUAAAAGUCGAGAAGAACAACCUAAAGAUGGCCGUAAUUCUGUCAGUAGUCAACAUUCGGACAGUGGUGAUACUGAACUGGAAGAAAAGGAUUUAAGGCCACAUAAAUACACUAUUCAAGCUGUAGUAUUACAUCAUAGUUGGCCAUUGUCUGAAAGCAGCUGGCAGUUUGUGAAUAUGAUGAAAGAAUUAGAGAAGAAUGAACUGAAAGUGGCAUUUAAGGAGAGAGCACCAUCACCACCAUCUAAAACGGAGAAAGCAGCUCCAUCAUCUAAAGGCAAACAGAAAGGGAAGGGAGAGAAGAGUAGUAAAGAUAAAGAAACUAAGACAUCUCGACCACCUUCUCAACAAUUUGAUUUUACCAAACCAUUCUGGACUUUACGUAUUGUCAGUGAUGAAAAAUCAGCAGAAGAAAUAGAAGUAAAGAGAGAUACAGAAAGAGCUGAUGAAAUCAGGGCUAUGAAGAAAGCUUGGGAAGAUGCUGAACCAGGCCGUGCUGCUAAGGCUUUACAAUCAAGAUUAAAAUAUCUCAAUUCCCACAUGAUCAAAGUUGAACAUGGUCAUGGUGAUGGUGAUGUUGCUGCUGAUGAAGUCACAGAAGGAGGUGCACCAACUCCUAAAGAAGCUGAACGAUUAACUCCUGUACCAUAUUUAGAUCAAGCUGAUGAUACAAUAUUAACAUUAGAACCCCCACCCCCUCCUCAACCUACUGAGAUACUUCAACCAAUAGAUCUUACACCAUUUAUAAAAAAAACAUUGGAGAAACCGAAGUUUUUAGAUGAAGAAGAGAUGCAGAGAAGAAUGGAAGCUAGACAGAAAGAAAUACAGGAAUAUAAAGCUGCUAGAGAAAGAGUUGAACAAUGGAGAGAACAGGAUAAAAUUAACAGAAAUCAAACUAAAAUAAGACAAUUAGAAGAAUGUGAAGAAUUACAGGCGGCAUUAGAUGCUGCAAGGAAUGCAGUGAAUAAACCAAGAGAGGCCUUUAGACAGAAAUAUUUAGAAGCUGAGAGGAAAAGAUUGGAGGAGCUAGCUGCCCAGGAAUUGAGUAUGAAGACAGAAUUAGAAGCUAAAUCUCCUAAAGGAAGAAAAAGUGCUAAAGGGCAAAAGAGUGCCGGUAAAAAGAAGAAAUAAGUAAAAUGUGUAUAAAAAUAGAAUUGUCUAUAUUUUUAGGUUUUUAUUGUAAAUAUUAGGUAUGUCAGGAAUCUUCUUCAUAAUUCCUGUCAUUAUUUAUUUUAAAUAAUAUACAAUUCCAACUGUGAUAUUUUUCAUGUUCAGGAUGACAUAAUAAUUAUUAUUGAAAGUCAGUGCACCUGGUUAACCACUACAGUACAAUAUUACUGAUUAGAUAAUGGGCAAAUUAGGUAGUUUAUUUUGGUUGGUGUUAGUUUGAAGAGUAGAAUAUGUGUUGUCAACUUGAAAAGUUCGUCCAAGUUAAAUGUUGUCAAGUGUCUUCAGAUGUCCUGUUUCAAUUUAAAAAGAAACAGCCCUUAGCCCAUGGCUCCGUCCCUAUGGUUAUUUAUCUUAAAUUCACGAAAUUCCGUCCCUAAUACAAAAGAUGUUAAUAACGUCAUUUGAUUGGCCCUAUUUUUGUCCGUCCUAUGUGAUUAAGAAAAGUAUGUUUAAAACUAAUUGAUGUUGUGAUUUUUGAUGUUAGAUAAGAAAUAUGCACUUGGUUAUUAGUGCUGUAACAAUUUUUCCGAAUGAAGCAUAUAAAAAAAAAACUAGUGAUUUAGAUAAACAAUUAUAGCGUAUCUGGGCCUAUCAAAGUUAAAGUGUUCUUAUUUUUUCACAUUCCUUCACUGCAAGGCCUUUAUUCUUUAUUCUUCAACUUUAAAACUUGUGAACUGUGAAGCUGUACCUUUCAGUGCUCUACUUAUAUUUCGUCCAAGAGUAUAUGCAUUAUAUUUUCCUGUUGUCAUUCAAUUAUAGAAGCCUAUUUUUUGUAAGCUAGUAUGUUUUCAUAUAUGCAUUGGAAUAUAAAUAAAAAAUGUUUCUCUUUGAC